AAAGCCAAUAAAAGUUAGUUUCAGCAUUUGGUGAUUAUCUGCCAUGGAACACAAAAUGCUCCUCUUUUUUUUGAUGUCCCUGGCCCUGACUGAGACCUGGGCAGGCUCUCAUUCUAUGAGGUAUAUCGACACCGUCGUUACCGCGCCCAGGCUGGGGCUGGAAGAGCGGUGGUUCACGUUAGUAGGCUACGUAGAUGAUCAGCAGUUCGUACGCUUCCACAGCAACAAUGCGAGUCAGAGCACCGAGAUUGGGGCACCUUGGAUAGAGCUGGAGACGCCGGACUACUGGGAGCGGGAGAAGCGGCACCUAAAGGACUCACAGAACUGUCCAAUGAGCCUGCAGAACCUACACUUCAACUACAAUCAGAGCCAUGACGGCGGUGUUCACACAUUACAGCGCAUGUACGGCUGCGAGGUUUUCGGCAACGGGAGCUUCAGCACUUUUUUCCUACUUUAUGGCUAUGACGGACAAGACAAACUCUCCCUGGACCCGGAGACGCUCAACUGGAUAGCGUCGGACAGCAUGGCUCUAAGCAUCAAGCUUAAACUGGACGCGGAUCGGAGUCCCGCGGAGAGAUGGAAGGUCCUCUUGACGGUGACGUGCGUGCAGUGGCUACUGAGACAUCUCGAGAAAGGGAAGGAGACGUUGCUGCGGACAGACCCUCCUUCUGUACAAGUGACCCGCCAUAUCGCCUCUGACUCAGAAGUGAUCCUCAAGUGCAGAGCGUGGGGCUUUUACCCUGCGGAAAUCUCAUUAAUUUGGCUGAGAAAUGGGGAAGAACAGAUCCAGGACACAGCGUACAUUGAUACUAGACCUGGGGGAGAUGGGACCUUUCAGAAAUGGGCAGCUGUUGAAAUGCCCUUUGGAAAUGAAGAGAAAUAUACCUGCCGAGUUCAGCAUGAGGGACUGCCUGAACCACUCUUCCUGAAAUGGGAGCUACAGUCACCAUUCACUGGGUACAUGAUAGGAAUCAUGGCUUUUGUCCUGCUUCUCACCUCAGUUAUUGCUGGAAUUGUGAUCUGGAAGAAAUGCAUUUCAGGUGGAAAAGGGGGGAAUUAUGCUUUGACCUCAGGAAGUGACAGUGCCCAGGGAUCAGAUGUUUCUAUUACAGAAAGAGCCUGAGGGAGCUGCCCUAUGUGGAACAGAGAAGGAAAUCAAGAUACUUCUCCUUUUCCUGACUCAAUUCUGUUGAUCUCCUCACUUCUCUAACUUCUUUUCCCUACAAAGGCCCCUGUUAUUAUGGCUAGCCAAACCUCAUAGGGAGCAUCAUCAGUGCCCUCAUCCUAUCAUCUGUUGCUUUCCUCCUCCACUAGUUUUCCCUCCUGUCCUUCCAGACUUUUCAGGGAGGGAAACUGGAUUGGGAGGAGAAAAAUUCUAGGACCCUUUUUCUCUCCAUUUGAUGUUACACUGAAACCUGAUCUUUUUCCUAUUGUUUAAUGAGGGAGACUACAUACUUAACUGAAUUGCCUUUUCUUCAGUACCGUUAUUUCAGACUGUUACAAAGUAGUAGUCUAGUACCAGCUAAAAAAUAUAUGGUGGAACAGUGGAAUAUAUUAGGUUCCUAUUACACAAUAGUCAAUGAUGUUAGUAAAUCUAAUUUUUGCUAAACCCAAAGAUCCAAGCUUUUCAAACCUGAAUUCACCAUUUGACAACAAUUAUUGAGGAAAAUUGAAAGCUGUUGGACAGGAACUAGGCAUAAACCAACAUCCUAUGCUAUACACCAAAAUAAGGUCAAACUGGACAAAUGAUUUUGAAAUGAGGUGGGUCAUAUCAUAAGAAAAUUAAGUAAGCAUGGGAAAAAAUCACCUGUCAGAUAUAUGGAUAAGAGAAAAGUCUAUAAUCAACCAUGAGAUAGAGAGGAUCACAGAAUACAAAAUGGAUAAUUUUGAUUAUAUGAAAUUAAGAGUUUUGCACAAGAAAAACCAAUGUAGCCAAAAUUAAAAGGAAAGCAGGGAACUGGUGGAAAGUUUUUUUCUCUGAUAAAGGCAUCAUUUAUAAAUGUUAUUGAAUUGAGAUAAGUUUAUAAGAAUAAGAGUCAUUCAUUCUCCACUUGAUAAAUGGUCAAAGGAUAUGAAAGGCACU